CCUUUGAGUCCUGUCCAUACCAAUAUAAACCAGUAGUAGUAGAAAUAUAAACACAAACACAACCAGAAAACAAAGUAGGAGGAAGAAAAAUGGCAGCAGAAUCAGUGACAAGAAUGUCAUCUGCUGCUUCUUCACUCUGCAACUUUAAUGGGUCUCAAAGACCGGUGCCCAUUUCUAACCGGGUCAGCUCUUCUUCUCGGAGGAAUCGUUGUGUUAAAGUACAGUCCCUUGCUUCUGAAUUCCUUGGAAGCUUCAAACUGUGCUCUGUUUCGGCUUCUAGAAGCUCAAGAUUAAGUCAAAAGCCCAAAAAGAAUGGCUUUUCUGUCUUUGCUAUGGCCGCCGCUGAAGAGGGGAAGAGAACAGUUCCUUUGAAGGACUACCGAAAUAUAGGAAUUAUGGCUCAUAUAGAUGCAGGGAAGACAACUACGACUGAACGUGUCCUUUACUAUACUGGCAGAAACUAUAAAAUUGGUGAAGUGCAUGAGGGAACAGCCACAAUGGACUGGAUGGAGCAAGAGCAAGAGAGGGGGAUUACAAUUACUUCUGCUGCUACUACCACGUUCUGGAACAAGCAUCGUAUCAACAUAAUUGAUACUCCUGGUCAUGUGGACUUCACUCUUGAAGUAGAGCGUGCCCUUAGGGUUUUGGAUGGUGCCAUAUGCUUGUUUGACAGUGUUGCUGGAGUGGAACCUCAAUCGGAAACUGUUUGGAGACAAGCUGAUAAGUAUGGAGUCCCAAGGAUAUGUUUUGUUAAUAAGAUGGAUCGUCUCGGAGCAAAUUUCUUCCGAACAAGAGACAUGAUAGUAUCAAACUUGGGUGCUAAACCACUUGUAAUUCAGAUUCCAAUUGGUGCAGAGGAUAACUUCAAAGGAUUAGUUGAUCUUGUGAAGAUGAAAGCUAUUGUUUGGUCCGGAGAAGAAUUAGGAGCAAAGUUUUCCUAUGAGGAUAUUCCUGCUGACCUUCAAGAGCUGGCUGAGGAGUAUAGGGCCCUGAUGAUUGAGACUGUAGUUGAAUUGGACGAUGAUGCUAUGGAGAACUACUUGGAAGGAGUUGAACCUGACGAGGAAACCAUUAAAAAGUUGAUCAGGAAGGGAACUAUUGGUGGCAGUUUUGUCCCAGUCUUGUGUGGCUCAGCUUUCAAGAACAAGGGGGUUCAGCCGCUUCUUGAUGCAGUUGUGGAUUAUUUGCCUUCUCCAGUUGACUUGCCAGCAAUGCAAGGAACUGACCCUGACAACCCAGAAGUGACCAUUGAGAGGGCCGCAAGUGAUGAUGAACCGUUUGCUGGUUUGGCAUUUAAGAUCAUGAAUGAUCCUUUUGUGGGGUCUCUCACAUUCGUCAGGGUAUAUUCAGGAAAGCUUAGUGCAGGAUCGUAUGUAGUGAAUGCAAACAAAGGCAAGAAAGAGAGAAUUGGCAGACUUCUGGAAAUGCAUGCUAACAGCAGAGAGGAUAUAAAGACAGCUUUAACUGGGGAUAUCGUUGCUCUUGCUGGAUUGAAAGAUACAAUUACAGGAGAGACAUUGGCUGAUCCCGAUAAGCCUGUAGUGCUUGAACGCAUGGAUUUCCCAGAUCCUGUUAUAAAGGUUGCAAUUGAACCCAAGACCAAAGCGGACAUUGAUAAGAUGGCGACAGGCUUAAUUAAACUGGCUCAAGAGGAUCCAUCUUUC